AUGAAGAAGGAGCAGGCAGCGCAAGGAAGCAUCUGCCACAAGAACCAACCCCCUCCCCGACUCUCAUGCAAGCGCCUGCUCAACGCUCGACCUCCAAAGCGCUCACAAUUCACACAGCGUGGGCGGCCGCAGGAGAGCAGACUGGGGAUGAGCGUGGUUGAAGUGCCAAAGGAGGAGGGCAAAACAGCUCGUGCACGAAGCAGAGGACAUGGCAGAGGGUACAUCCAUCCUCAGCAAUCACACCAGCGCCACCACAAUGAACGCGGCACCACUGCUGCAACCACUGCUUGGGGCGGCAUCAGGCCCAUUCCCACCAGCAUUGCCUGCGCCUGUACAUGGGCCAGCAGCGCCACCGUCUCUAACGCAUGCCAUGGUGCCGACAUUGUCAACAACACCAGUCAUCACAAGCACAUUGCCGCCGCUGCAGCGGGAUUGCAGUGCAGCCGCCAAAAUGUCGACCUCAUCCGCAGCAACGGCAACGACAGCAACAACAGCUGUGAUGGCAGCAGAAGCAGCGGCAGCAGUAGGGCUUGUCCACCUUCCUUUCCUAACACGGUGCCACCGUUACCUCAUGUCUGCGGCGACGGCUACAGCGACAGCGCCACGGCCGUUCAGGGGCACCCUUCUGUCGCGGACUCCCUUGAUGGCAUCACCAUCAUCCUCAUCGUCGUCUUCUUCACCCCAUCACAGUCAUCAACAACAGCGGCAGAAGCAGCAACACCAGCAGCACCACCGGCGAGCACUGCUACACCACCAGUAUCGCUCUCGGCAUAUGCAGCGCUUGCAGACGGGCAGCUGGGGACGGAUGAGAUUCGCUCGGCUGUCGCUAUGGCGCAUUCCUUUCCUGCGCCAUACGACGGCACGGUGUACGUGGCAGACUCAUCAACGCAGUCUUCCACCGAGGAACAGACAGCGGUGCCUGGGCCACCAGCCGCGCAAGCUGUACAACACCGAGGCAGACGCACGCCGUGCACCUCAGGGGAUGUGCCACAGCAGCAAGACGGCGUGUCGUGUGGCCUGUUUGCGCUGGCUUACGCCACACUGCCGGCUGCUGGCCUGCAUCCGCUCGACUUGAACUGCGUCAGCAUGACGGCACACCAGCUGCGCACGUGGUACUUUCAGUGCGUGGCUGAUCGGGAGGCAGACGUUGUGGAGCUGCUGCUCAUGAAGCUGCUGCAAGGGGCACAAGUCAGCCCUCCUUGGCUGGUACUAUCUGUGUGA